AUGGACACAGUUGCUCAGGUUGUUGCGGACCCUCCGCAAAGGAAUUCGGCUGAUAUUCAUGUCAAUGGUGAACCUGUGAAUGGAGGACCUGACGUUAUUCCUCCUGCUGCCAGUCAAGGUAAUCCUCGGGGGCCUCCUCAGCCUGCUCCUGAGGGACAACCUACACAACAGAUUAGAAGGGCUGCCGCUAUCCCCGUGUUGGAAGAGGACCGACACGAGGAUUUGUUUCCUGAAAGUGAAUGGGGAUUUCCACAUGAUGCUGGAAGGAUGUUUAGAGUUCCCGGCGUCCGUGUGCCACCGAAAUUCAAGGUACCCGACUUUGAGAAAUACAAGGGGAAUACUUGUCCUAAGACACAUGUCCGAGCUUACUAUCGCAAAAUGCAUGUGUACUCUGAGGACGAAGGAUUAUUGAUGCACUUCUUCCAAGAUAGCCUGACUGGGGCAUCCUUGGAAUGGUACAUGAGAUUGGAGAGAGCUAAUAUCCGAAGUUGGAGGGACCUAGUUGAUGCUUUCAUAAAGCAGUAUCAGUAUAAUGUGGACAUGGCACCAAAUUGCACUCAGUUACAGAAUCUAGCCCAGAAAGCUAAUGAGUCCUUCAAAGAAUAUGCGCAGAAAUGGCGUGAGUUGGCGGCUAGAGUCCAACCACCUAUGCUGGAAAGAGAGAUGAUGGAUAUGUUCACCAAUACUCUGGAGGGCCAAUACUACUCUGCUUGCUCUGCAUCCUCGAGUUUCGCCGAGUUGGUUAUGAUUGGUGAACAAAUUGAAAGUGGGAUUAAGGCUGGUAGAAUACAGAAUCCAAGUGCUGCUAGUUCCUUCUCUAGGGCUGGUGGAAAGAAGCCAUAUAAUGGGUUUGCCAAGAAAAAAGAAGGCGAGACCAAUGCCGCUUACUAUGGUCAAGGCAAGGGCCAUGCUUAUCAACAAGUAGCUGUUGUGACCAUACCGAAUGCUCCUUUUCAGCAACAUCAGCAACGAGGGUAUGCCCCAUGUCAAUAUCAACCGAAAGCGCCAGAAAGAGUUUUUGAUCCGAUCCCGAUGACAUAUGCACAAGCAUUACCAUAUCUCCUCGAUCUGAAGUUAGUACAAUUGAGGAAUCUAGCCACUCCUGCUAAGUUGCCUGCUAAUUGGGAUGCCAAUGCGAGAUGUGAAGUCCACUCCGGGGCACCUGGACAUAGCAUUGAAAACUGUAAAGCAUUGAAGCAUCAGAUAGAACUAUUAAGGAUGGGUCUAUACUCUGGUUGUGGAGAAUUCUGUACUGAUUGCAUGACCACUUCCUCAGUUUGUGACAAGGUGAAGAGUGGGGUUCAACAGUUGAUAGAUAGUGGGUAUUUACGGUUUGAGCAUGUGCGACGUCCUGAAAUGGUUGAAAACAAAGUUAAUGUGGCAUCUAUCCCGUAUACUCCUGGCAAGAUUCCAAUUCCCGCCAGAGCACCUCCACUGGUCAUUACGUUGCCUGGUCCCGUCCCGUAUACUAGUGAAAGGGCAAUCCCAUGGAAUUAUGGGGGAGAAGUUUUCUACCAGGGGGCCAAGUAUGAGGUUAAAGCGCCGGUGGAGAAAGAAGAUGUUGAUAAUGUUGUGGGCAUUGGAAGAAUGACGAGAAGUGGUCGUAUUUUCAAUCCUCCACAGAAUACUCACGAUGACAAUGCAGAAGCUCUAGCUCAAGCAAAAGGGAAAAGAGUGGUAGAAGAUACGGUGGAUCAGGGGCAAAGCUCUAACUCUGAAGACACUGUGGCCAAAGAGAUGGAAGAGUUCCUAAAGAUCAUCAAGAAAAGUGAGUAUAAAGUGGUUGACCAACUGAGUCAAACUCAAUCAAAGAUCUCGAUUUUGCAGUUGCUCUUGUGUUCGGAGACACAUCGAAAUGCUUUGUUGAGACUUUUAAGUGCUGACUUUAUCCCUCCGAAAAUCUCAGUGAAUCAACUUGAAGGAGUGGUGUCAAACAUCAACGCUGGUAAUGGAUUGGGAUUCACUGACGCAGACUUGCCUUCCGAAGGUAGAAACCACAAUAGAGCUUUGCAUAUAUCAGUGGAGUGUAAAGGGACUAUGUUAUCACGUGUUCUCGUGGAUAAUGGAUCCUCCUUGAAUGUAUUACUGUUAGACGUUGGCCUAGAGAUCUAG